GCUCAUCCAGGGCUGUGGAGAAUGAGCUGCCUUCAGUUGUUGCAGGCAGCGUGGAUCUGGAUUGAAGGGAAUAGAUGCUAGACAGAGAAGUAAAGGGGAUGGGUAAGAAAACAGCAGAACUGCUACACUAGUACAAGGCAUUAUUUCUCCUAUGUCAGGAAAUACCAGCUGCUGUACACCUUGCAUUGUAUAAUAAGCCAGGAUCUUUUUCUUACUGGAGUUAAGCACUAAAUUCCUGAAGGACACCUGAAUCUACACCUGUAACAUCUGGAUUGCAUUUCAUUUCACUGCUCCGCCUCGUGUCUUAAUAUAAGUUAAUGCUGAUUGCACAGAAGUUUGUUUGGAGAUAUCUUUUGUCGGUCCCCAGGCAGUUAUCAUAGUGAAGAUUGCAACAAAUUAUGAACAAAUUAUGAAUAUCUGACCUUUGUGUAUACCUUGGGGAACAGCAAUGAAGGCACUCUCUAGGGAAACACUAGGGAUGGAGUUAACUGCCUCGUGCAUUCUGUGCCUGUUUCUGUCUCGCUUCAUAACCACAGAGACUAAAGAAAUCGCCUGCAUGCCUGGCUGCCAUCCAGUAAAUGGGUUUUGUGAAAGUCAAGGAGAAUGCAGGUGUCGUACCGGCUGGAAAGGACAAUUCUGUGAUCAAUGUAUCCCAUUUCCUGCUUGUAUGCAUGGGAGCUGUACAAAACCAUGGCAGUGCAUCUGUGAAGAAGGAUGGGUUGGAAGCCUCUGUGAUAUAGAUGUUCACCCGUGUGCAGCCAAGCCCUGCUCCAGCAACUCUACCUGCAUCGAAACGGGGGAUGGUGGAUACAUUUGCUUGUGCUCUCUGGGGUAUACAGGAAAAAACUGUCUUCUUAAAAAGGGACCCUGCAGUACAAAUGGAUCUCCCUGUCAGAAUGGAGGCAAAUGCACAGACAACAAUGGCUUUGCAUCGUAUGCCUCUUGUCAGUGUCCCCCUGGUUUUAUUGGUAAUUAUUGUGAAAUACAAAUAGAUAUUGACGAUUGCAACCCCAAUCCUUGCAGAAAUGGUGGAAGCUGCACAGACAUUGGAUCAGGAUUUCACUGUCAUUGCCCUUUGGGGUUUUCUGGGCAGUUCUGUAAUGAUCUCACCCCACUGUGCAGUAGCAAUCCAUGUGCAAACGGUGGGACGUGUUAUCAGAUAGGAGAGAAAUUCCAGUGUUUUUGUCAGCCCAAAUAUACAGGAACUACUUGCUCUUUUCCCCAUAGAAACAUGAGCUUACACCUAUAUGAGAGAAGAAAUAGUCUGCCUUCAUAUCAUAAAUCUCCACAACAUGAAGUACUUAAAAUUACAGUCAAAGAGACUAUUCAAAAUGUGGACCCACUCCUUAACAAAAGUCAGGUUAUCUGUUUUAUUGUGUUAGGGCUACUGACCUGUCUCAUUGUCCUCAUUACCACGGGGAUUGUGUUCUUUUCUAAGUGCGAGACAUGGUUUGCCAAUGCCAAAUAUAGCCGUCUUUUAAGAAAGAAAAAGAACAUUUACAUGCAAAGAAGUCGAGGAGAGGACCGUGAUGUCAAAAUAAUAUUCCCAGAAGGAGUUAAGUUUGAAGACUGCUGCAGGGAUUAUGCUUCUACAUAAACAUGAGAAACAAACGACUUUGUUAGUGUCCAGUCUAAGUCCCCAGUGUGUGCUGCUGGCAGAAGAUUUAGGCUGCAGGUCAUCAGAAGAUGGAACCCUGAGGCUGAACAUCUCUCAGUUACAUAACAUAAUAUUGACAUCCCCAGCCCAGCAUCCAUUUUAGUGUGUGCAAUUUGUUCUCAAAAGCUAAACAGAUCCUACUCUUUAGAGAGGCACUUUGUUGGAUCUGAGAAACUAUAAGCUUCCUUUCAUUGGCUCCUCUACACCAAGGAUACCUUCUAGUAUCUUCUGAUGUUAGUCUGUGGGUUCUUUGCUACAAUCUACUUUGCUUUGAUUUUGGAGAGUUCUUCUCAGCUGGACCAAUCCUUUACUCACAUUCUUCAACAUGUAGAAAUGGAAUGGUCUCCAAGCAGUUAGACAUAACCUGUUCCUUUUUAUAGGGCCGCUAAAGUUUUCCUUUUGGCUUAUUGUUUGUUUAAGGUGAAAAGGUCAACACAAUGAAUAAAAUAUUUAUAAAGUGUUUACUAUAGGCUGAAUAUAAAAUCAAGGGAUCUAUAGUGCCCUGCUUUAUUUUGUACUGUUUUUAAGAUAAAACCACCCAAUUUUCUUGCUGCAUCACUGAUUAUCACGGUUUCCUUUUCUGAAAGUAUUUGUACACUAGCCAUAGAUCAAAAUGUUGCAUUUUGGAAGAAACCCAAAAUAUACUAUGUGCAUGUAGUAGGGUUAAGAUGGUUGUUUUCAAACUGUAUGGAGGGCCCAUAUCAACCAUCUGGAGUCUCAGCAAGGUGUGGACAAACCAUAUGUCAAUAAGAAGGGAAGGCUCUCAAAGGCAAAUAGGUUUAUAAUUUUUUCACCUUUAAAUGUUGAUGGUGUUGUUGGUGUAAUUCACCUUUUUGGGUUUCUUUCUUUCAUAUAGACAUACAAUUUGUCCAUUACCCUAGUGAAGGAUCAGAGUGAUACACCCAGACCCUCCAUCGAGUUUCAACACAUUCUUGGAUCACUUCUAUAACUUUCUACUUGGUUGUUUAUUUUCAAUCAAACCCCUCAUUAUGGAACCUUAGGAAAAACUGUCAAUCAUUUUGAGACAUUUUCUGUGAACAAGUAUUAGAAAAUGGCAUGACCAACAUCUAACCCAUACAUCAAAGUUAUUUAGCAAUCUUUUAGCUGGUAAGUCCACUAACUCAGCUGGUUCAGUGUGGUCCAUCCCCUUGUGAGAACUGACUCAUUUGUGGCCAGAUUAGCAGUAAACAGAGUACUUACUGUAAAUUAUUGAUAUAAGCAAGCAAAUGGCAGGGGAGAUGGGAGAAAUAUCUGUCUGGGGUGGCUACCAAAAGAAAACUCUACACUGGAGAAUAUAAAAUAAUAUAAGAAUUUAUAGCACUUGGUCUUCUUUCAGGGAGAUGAAGGCCCCUAAACCUUCAUUAUUCUUAGCAUUUUCUUCCUCUAAAUCUGUCAGUGAUUCAGCAACCAAGUUUACCAAUUGUUUUAAAAGAAAUAACAAGACACUUUUAUUGAAAUCAUUUUUUUAGAACAUCUUCAUGAUAUAAAAGCACUGACAAAGUAUGUGACUGAUGCCAGUGGUUUCUACUAAAACAAAAAAGAGACAUUUAUAAAUCUUAUGUUACAGAGAACUGCACAUUUAACAUGCACAUCUAUGAAUUCUUCAACAUGCUGGUUUAAGUAAGAAAAAGCCUUUUAUUUGAUAGAGACAUUGCAAUCAGAGGAUUAUUAAUAUUGUCUUUAAUUUCUAUGCACCAUUACCAGUGUUUUGUGGCAGUAAUACCAUUGGCCAAAAGAAAGGCUGAGAUUCAUUGUGUUAAUUCAUUAAGUGCUAUUGCCUCAUAUAUUUAUCUGAAGUAAAAUGUAUUUGUGAUAUCUAGAUAUUGUGCUGAUGUACAGUGCCAAUGUCAUAGUGCUGUUGCAUAUAGUUACAAAAAUCUAUGAGUUUUCUGACUUGUUUCACAAAAAUCUACCUAUAUAUUAAUAUACAUUAAUAUGUUUGUAUUAUACAGAUACAGAGACACAUUAUUAUGAGCUGAUCUUGAGUACCAGGAAAUUAACAGCCCCUAAUAUGUACUCUAUCCCCAGAGCAAAACAGAAUAUUUGAGUGGCCAAUAUCUCCCUACGGUAGAUGUAUAUAUAUAUUGAGAGACAACGUGCCAUCUAUAGUAAAAUACAAGGCUAUGAUUGCAUAAAGACAUGAUGCCCUGGCACUAUGAGGUUCCUAUUUUUUAAGCACCACUGCCAUAAAUUCUAUAAUCUGUGGCACAUAAAGAUUUAUAGUAUGGGUCACAGUGAUAUGGGUCUCAGUUAUAAGACUGAGAUGACAAUAUAUUUUUGUAAACAGGACCAGCCUUUCAGUUGCCAGUGAACUAAUAGAUAGAAUGGGUCAAUUGGAGCUGGGGUAACAGCUAAAGGGAUGCAACUCUUUGCCACUUUUGCCUCCCAAAAAAUUGUUGGCAAAUGGGACAGUCUUCUUGAAUGGUUAAUAUUGGUUUGUAAUUGAUAGUCAAUGAAAACUAAAAAUAAAAUCUGAAUCAGCUGCAUGGCAGAAAAUCUUGUGCCUCAAUUGCAAAUAAAGAUAUAAAGACAUCCUAUUGUAUUCACUUUCUGAGAUUUCUCUAUAUGAUUAAAGCCUCCCAUCUGAAUUUUUAAAUAAUGAUUAGAUCUGGGUCAUCUUAGCUACAGUCAGUUUUUCUCUGAUAACAGAGGAAUAAUUACAUUUUUUUUUAAUCUACAUAAUAAUGAAACUGUAGCUUGUACUUGAUCCUUGAACUAAGCUGCAUAAGAAUGCAUAUUGGUGGCAAAGCAAUCCUAUUAGGUUUAUUUAAUAUUUAAAUGACGUUUAGCUGACUAAGGGGUCAUUUAUUCCAGUUUGAUAUUUUUUCAGGAUUCAAGUGUUUUAGAGCUUAAACUUGCACAAUUCAAAUUAUGAAUAAAAAAAAUGAAUGUCUGAAAGAUCCAAAAAUGUAAAUUUAAAACUUCGGCAUCUAAAAGCUUGCAAGUUCAUGUAAAGAAUGGGAGAUGUCCUAGCCAAAGCCAAAUCAUAUUUUUAAUUUGAGAUUUUUGAGAUUUUCUAUUUUUAUUCAAGUUUGUAAUCUCGCAAAUUCGAGAUAUUAAAGUGGUUUUAUUUGAACAAGUUUUCCUUAUUAAUAAAUAAGCAAGCAUUUGAUAUGCACGUUUAUUGGAAUUAAAAAAACUUCAAAUUCAAAAGGUCAAAAAUUGAUAAAUAAGCCCAUUAAGGUAUGGUGAUCCAAAUUACAGAAAGAUAAAAUAAUGGUCCCAAGAAUUUCCAAUAAUAGAUCCUAUAUCUGUAUUUAUUAAUAUAUACACGAUAAAAGUAUCAAGAUCAUCUGAUAUGUAUAGGAUAUUAUGGGGAAUAAUAUGUAUUUCUAUGUUAAGCUCCUGUCAAUGUUUUCUGAAGAAAAGGCUUGCAGGACCCAGUAAUACAAUGAAAGAAACUGACCUUAAGUUUUAUUGCAAAAAUAUUUUUAUGUACAACUAAUAAAUCAAAGAUUUUAUCUGAAUGUAAAGUCUUUCAUAGAGUAUGGCUAAGGAAUUUUUUUUAAUAAAAGGUGGAUUAAAUACAACCGU